AAUGAGGCUUUUAUUAUGGCCAGUGACCCCUUGGAAGGCUUUCAUGAAGUGAACCUCGCUUCGCCUACUACACCAGAUCUUCUUGGAGUAAAUGAGCCAGGGACUCAGGAACAAACUACCUCACCCAGUGUAAUCUACCGACCACAUCCUUCUGUUGUGUCCACACCAAUCCAACCCAACGCAUUAAAUGUUUCUCACCUUCCUACACAACCUGUUUAUUCAUCUCCCAGACAACUGAAUUGUGGAGAAUUAUCAGGUGUCAGCAUCAAUGUUACCGACGCAGUACUUUAUUCUACCUCUGGACCCCAGAGUGGGUCAUUCAAUCACAGUAAUGCCAGGAAGGAGAGCAAUAACGUAGAGAGGGAGCUUUUGCAGGGUACUACAGUAGCAGAUGUUGCUGAAGGAAAUGAAGAUAUUUUUGGGUUGAGUACAGACAGUUUAUCUCACUUACGGAGCCCAUCUGUACUGGAAGUAAGAGAAAAGGGCUAUGAACGAUUGAAAGAAGAACUUGCAAAAGCUCAGAGGGAGCUGAAGUUAAAAGAUGAAGAAUGUGAAAGGCUUUCUAAAGUGCGAGAUCAACUUGGACAGGAAUUGGAAGAACUUACAGCUAGUCUGUUUGAGGAAGCACACAAAAUGGUUAAAGAAGCAAAUGUCAAACAAGCUGCAGCAGAAAAACAGUUAAAAGAAGCGCAAGGAAAGAUUGAUGUCCUCCAGGCUGAAGUAGCAGCGCUGAAAACACUAGUGCUGUCUACUUCACCAACAUCUCCAACUAAGGAGUUCCAGUCUGGUGGAAGAACUCCUUUUAAAAAAGGACAUGCAAGAAACAAGAGUACAAGCAGUGCUAUGGGUGGCAGUCAUCAGGAUCUUACCAUGAUGCAGCCAAUUGUAAAAGACUGUAAAGAGGCUGACCUGUCUCUGUACAAUGACUUCAGAUCUUGGAAGGAUGAGCCUACUAUGGACAGAACAUGUCCUUUCUUGGACAAAAUUUAUCGGGAAGAUAUUUUUCCAUGUUUAACUUUCUCCAAAAGUGAGUUGGCCUCAGCUGUUCUGGAAGCUGUUGAAAACAACACUCUGAGCAUUGAACCUGUUGGCUUGCAACCUGUUCGAUUUGUGAAAGCUUCUGCAGUUGAAUGUGGGGGACCAAAGAAAUGUGCUCUCAGUGGACAAAGUAAGUCAUGCAAGCACAGAAUCAAGUUAGGAGAUUCAAGCAGUUAUUACUACAUUUCUCCUUUCUGCCGUUACAGGAUCACUUCUGUGUGUAACUUCUUUACGUAUAUUCGAUACAUCCAGCAAGGACUGUUGAAGCAGCAAGAUGUGGAUCAGAUGUUCUGGGAAGUUAUGCAGCUGAGACGAGAGAUGUCACUAGCAAAACUUGGCUAUUACAAGGAAGAACUCUAA